AUGUCAUUGGUUUUCUCUCCCAGCUUUAGCUCUGCCAAAAUGAAAUGCCCAUUCCAACCCCUCAUCAUUUCUCUCAUCCUAAUGUCUAUAUGUGGGAGCAACAGCCUGGCUGGUCAGCUUGAGAAAGGAGGGGAAGAUUCUAUAUCCACAGACCCCCAAUGGGGGCAGUUAAAUAGCAAAAACCUGAGCAUGCCCCUUCUCCCUGCUGACUUCCACAAGGAAAAUACGGUCACCAACGACUGGAUCCCAGAGGGGGAGGAGGACGAGGACUAUCUGGACCUGGAGAAGAUAUUCAGUGAAGAUGAUGACUAUAUUGACAUCAUCGAUGCGGUUUCGCCAACCGAUUCAGAGGCUGGCGAAGGGAACAUCCUCCAGCUCUUCCAAGGCAAGAGCCGAAUCCAGCGUCUCAACAUCCUCAAUGCAAAGUUCGCUUUCAACCUUUACAGAGCACUGAAGGAGCAGGUGCGUCCUUCCGACAACAUCUUUAUAGCCCCAGUGGGCAUUUCCACCGCCAUGGGUAUGAUUUCCUUUGGCCUGCAGGGGGAGACCUAUGAACAAGUGCACUCGAUUUUGCAUUUUAAAGACUUUGUCAAUGCCAGCAGCAAGUAUGAGAUCAUGACCAUUCACAAUCUCUUCCGUAAGCUGACUCAUCGCCUCUUCAGGAGGAAUUUUGGGUACACACUGAGGUCGGUCAAUGAUCUUUAUGUCCAGAAGCAAUUUCCAAUCCUGGAUGACUUCAAAAGGAAAGUAAAAGAGUACUACUUUGCGGAGGCCCUGGAGGCUAACUUCUCAGACCCUGCCUUCAUAUCGAAAACCAAUAACCACAUUCUGAAGCUCACCAAGGGUCUCAUAAAAGACGCUCUGGAGAAUAUAGACCCAGCUACUCAGAUAAUGAUUCUAAACUGCAUCUACUUUAAAGGAUCCUGGGUGAAUAAAUUCCCAGUAGAAAUGACACACAACCACAACUUCCGACUCAAUGAACGAGAAGUAGUCAAAGUUUCCAUGAUGCAGACCAAGGGGAACUUUCUGGCCGCAAAUGACCAGGAGCUGGACUGUGAUGUCCUGCGGCUGGAGUAUGUGGGGGGCAUCAGCAUGCUAAUUGUGGUCCCUCACAAGCUGUCUGGGAUGAAGACCCUUGAGACACAGCUGACACCACAGGUGGUGGAGAGAUGGCAGAAAAGCAUGACAAACAGAACUCGAGAGGUGCUUCUGCCUAAAUUCAAGCUGGAGAAGAACUACAACCUGGUGGAGGCCCUGAAGUCAAUGGGGGUCACAGCGCUGUUUGACAAAGACAGCAAUAUGGCAGGAAUCUCAGACCACAGGAUCACCAUCGAUCUGUUCAAGCACCAAGGUACCAUCAUGGUGAACGAAGAGGGCACCCAAGCUGCCGCCGUGACCACUGUGGGGUUCAUGCCACUGUCUACCCAAGUCCGUUUCACUGUCGACCGCCCCUUUCUGUUCCUCAUCUAUGAGCACCGCACCAGCUGCCUGCUCUUCAUGGGGAGAGUUGCCAACCCCACCAAGUCCUAA